AUGACGGAUAGCUGGAGGCCGACUAGCGCAAGGUCCAGCGGCUCUAGUCCGUUGAAACCGCCUGAACAAGCGGAACUUGUAGCCGAGCCAGAUCUAGAAGAUGAGUUGGAGUCACAGGAGUACCAAUACGAUGACGAUAGGGAUAGGGAUUCAGCGCUGGGAUCUGACAUAGAAAGCAGCGCCAAUUCCAUCGCGUCGAGCAUUUUGGAGUACCGGAUAAUUCAAGGGCGAACAUAUCACAGCGACAGGCACAAUGUCAACUACUUCACCCCGAAUGACGAGCAGCAAGUCCAGUCUAUAGACAUCACCCACCACUACCUUACCUUGCUGCUUGAAGACAGACUCUUCAUUGCACCAAUACCAAACCAUGUCCAGAGUGUGCUAGACAUCGGAACUGGAUCAGGGAUAUGGUCCAUUGACUUUGCAGAGCAAUACCCCAACGCACAAGUAAUCGGGACGGAUCUCUCUCCCAUGCAACCCAUGUGGGUGCCACCCAACGUUCGGUUCGAGCUGGAAGAUUGCACGCAACCGUGGUCGUGGGGUGACGAUUCCUUUGACUUCGUACACCUACGGUACUUAUUUGGCGCUAUCCCUGACUGGAACGAAUUCAUACGGCAGGCAUACCGCGUGACUAGACCCGGAGGCUGGGUCCAAAGUUGCGAGACCGAAGUUAUCAUCCAAUGUGACGACGGAAGCAUCCCUCCUGACAGCGCCCUCAAGACCUUCUGGAAUAAGUUAUAUGACGAGAUAGGGGGGAAAAUAGGCACAUCGUUUAAACCCCUUACCCAUAACUUUCAGGAGAGUGCCUUCAGAGCAGCUGGGUUCCGGGAUAUCGAGGUGUAUGACUACAAGCUCCCGAUUGGUGGAUGGCCAACUGAUCACAGGAUGUCGGAAGUUGGCCAAUACGUCCAAUUAACAUUACUUAACGACCUCGAAGGCUACACACUCAUGCCUUGGAAUACUGUCAUGGGGGACAACGCCCCGGGUUAUAAGGAAAAUCUGUCGCAGAUGCGGAGGGAGCUGCAUAAUAGGAGAUUGCAUGGCUAUAUGAGGACUCGCUAUGUAUAUGGUCAGAAGCCAGAGUCGUGA